AUGUCGUCACAAAAGGAGAUCAAGCUGCCCAUGUUCACUGAGCACCAGGACCCCAUGUCGUCAAAGUCGAUGAUGGACACCGGCAUGUCCGAAUCCAAGCUGUCGAUGCAGGCCCCGCCUCAGCAUGUUGUCAGCAAGACUGAACCGACCAAGAUUUGGCCAGGUACGUGUUUUUCGGCAGGUACAAUGACAUCUUGUCGGUGCCCAAAAGCGCGCGAGGGGAUCCUUGGUGCGACAGAAGCUACCCACAAUCGACGUGGAUGUAUGCCGACAGUGCUUGUCCGGCAGCAACACUCAACUGACAGCGUCUGUACCUCCGGUAAUCCAUCAGGCUACAUCAUAAUGAUCUGGAUCUGCCUCUCGAGUGGCGUCAGUAAGUCGCACAGUCCUCUCGUCCUCACUCGCAAUUGAGGUCGGAAGGCUCGCUUCGGACUCCGCGUCCAGCCUCAUCUGGCUGGGCUUGCCUCCUCUCUCGCCGGCGAAUGCAAUCGGCGAUGGGCCCCGCCCCGUCGGUGACAAGGUAUUGGCGCUAAUCACAAAACUUCACUCCCGUACCAGUCAUUCAAAAUGCAUGGAUCUUGAGGACACUCAAGUUCGAGUGAGUCGACUCUAGAGGGGUGGCCAGCUUUCAGCGAUGUCGAACCCCUCCCCCCACCCCCCCCAGCCAAACCGACCGAGUUCGCGAGCUGACCCUGACGUACAUCUGCUUCGCUCAUUGUCACGAUCUGAUCCUACAGUUAGUGAGUGGUUUUUGACAUACCUGUACCUCAGACGAGACAAAAAAACUGACGUACCUGCCUCUUUGGCUCGUUUCCCACCUUGACAGCCCGAUCUUCCUCACCACCUGGCAUCUCGUGUUCGCAACCAUCGGCACACGACUGCUUCUUCGUUUCACACAUCUCCUCGAUGGGAUUGAUGCGCUGCAAAUGUCGUGGGAUCGCUGGUUCCGCAACAUCGUGCCCAUCGGCGCCCUCUUCUCGGUACGUCUCCCCGAGCGGACUAUGGAGAGUCACAUGUAACCGGUUGCUGAUACAUCCCCUUGGACUGGAUCAUAUAGGCUUCACUCAUCUUCUCCAACCUCGCCUACCUCACUCUCUCGGUUUCGUUCAUCCAAAUGCUCAAGGCCUUCACCUCGGUGGCCGUCCUCGGUCUGUCGGUCGUCGCUGGCCUCGAAAAGAUGAAUCCUCGAACGUUCAUGAUCGUCAUCGCCAUCUCGAGCGGUGUCGCGUUGGCUUCAUUCGGCGAGAUCGAUUUCGUCUUGAGCGGUUUCAUCUGCCAGACGCUUGGCAUCAUGUUCGAAGCCGCGCGACUGGUCUCGAUCCAAAAGCUCCUUACCGGCCUCAAGAUGGGACCUCUGCAGAGCUUGUACUUCUUCGCCCCCGUCUGCGCCGGCUUGAACGCGCUAUUGAUCCCCUUCUUCGAAGGCUGGGCUCCCUUCGAGAACGCCUUGUCCCAAGUUGGUGCACCGAUCCUACUCGGCAAUGCGAUGACGGCUUUCUCGCUCAACGUCGCCGUUGUCUUUUUGAUCGGGUGCGCGAGCUCGCUCGUGUUGACCUUGUCCGGCGUCGUCAAGGACAUCCUCUUGGUCGGUGGUUCGGUGCUGCUCAUGGGUUCGACCGUCACCUUCACACAAAUGCUCGGCUAUUCGAUCGCAUUGGUUGGGCUGUUCGUCUUCAAGACCAAGCAAGAGGUGCUUGACCACACCAUUCUUCGCGUCAGGGGGCUCCUGUCGGGAGGUCGUUAA